GAUAGAGCAGCGGCUGUGCCAAGCUCAGCCGCGAACCGUGAGCUACACGGGCCAAGCAAUGAGCGAUGCGCCGAUGAUGGGAUACGGCCAGAGUCCUCUGAUCAUGGAACUGAUGGAGGAAGUGGCGGGACAAGCUGCCGCAGCAGAGGGCCAGAUCACAGAUGUGAGCGCCAAAAUCCUGGACGAGGCAGCCGAUCACAGCGACGACGAGCUCGACGCAACAGUGCCAGGCGUAGAUGGCUCGCUGGGUCAAAGGAUCUUCACCAUCGGGAAGUACCAGAAGGCGGGCCGGCUCGUGACGUUCAAGGCAGCAUACGAGCAGGACAAAAAGUAUGUAGCGUGGGUUCGCAAGUUCAUCAAGGGCAAGAGUACAAGUCCGGAGAAGAGCAACCACCCUACGAUGACGCAGUUCAGGCUGUACAUUGCUCUACGAGAUAAACGGAAAUCUCUUCGCCUGCAGAUGAAUCCCGAACCAACGCAACUGCUGGCAAUGCGUCCCAAGGCGAAGGCGGCAACAGCGUGGCAGCCAAAGGCGAGGGCAACCGGAGUGCAGCGAGGAAUGCCCACGUCCUCCGGAACUAUGAGUGCUGCAUCGUCGGCACAGAUGCCGCCCCCGUCGAUGACAACCGCUCUAUCGAGCGGGGCGUGGGAGGAUCACUGGGUGGUGGCAGCCGAGCCAGAAGCGGAGACGGCGACCGAGACUACUCAGGAGCGACGACGCCGAAGGCUUCGAGAGCAGAUCGAGCUACUGACCUACCAGUUGGAGGAGCUACAGGAGGCCGAGGACUUUUGA